ACCCACAGAUCAUUCAAUACAGAAUCUCUCCUGGAAAGCAUGGUUGUCCCUUUCAACGCAACAAGUUCAACCAAUUCUUGAGGGAAAUAUUCCUAUGCCUCUCCCAGUUGGCAAUGGAUUUUGGGGAUCCUGAUGGUGGGGGCUUUGCCGGGGAGCAGUCGACGAAGCCUCGAGCUCUCCCAGCUGACCUCCCCAAGUCUUUAGAUGAUCGUAGAGUUGUAUCGGCAGAGUUGAUUCCAGAGACUGAGAUGUAUGAUGGAUGGCAAGGUCAAUCGCAGUUCUUAACGAGCCCCAUCCUCGCGAAGCCGUUACAAUUUAGCGACCUAACACUAGACGAUCCCAACUACGACCAAGAUUUGACGAAGAGUAUGCCCGAUAGCGAUACGCGACUGAUGCAGAUGCUCGCCGCGCAAGCCCACCUCCUUGAGGGGAAAACCUUUGGUGAUGUAGAUGAUAUCGCAACAGAUGAGAAACUCCCGGAUGACGAAAAGACUUCGAUACUUCAAAAAGCCUUGAUUAUGUCCGCAAGUAACGGCGACCUCGAUAAUGUUAAGAAGAUCCUCGAUGGGAAGGCCAGAUCGUUCGUUGACAUCAAUGCGCCUGACGAAGAGGGCACACCAGCCUUGGUGUAUGCGAGUUGUUUUGGACAUGAAACCGUGGUUCAAGCUCUAGUAGACGCUGGGGUAGACGUGGAUAAGCAGGACCGCAACUACUGGAGCCCCUUAAUGUGGGCAAUGACCAAUAGACAUAAGGGCAUCGCGAAGAUACUACUAGACAAUGGAGCCUCUCCGGAGGCAAAAACAUCAUCGGGAAGAACAGCUUUUGAUUUCGUUGCACCUGACAGCGAGAUGUCGUUUUACCUGCACGAUAACGGCUAUAGCCUCGGAAAUGCUGGGGUCACUGACGAUUUCUAUAAUCCCGGCUUCUCCCAAGAUAGGUUUGAAGAGGAGUUGGCCGAAAAUGAAUUACGUCGGCGGAUGAUGAUGGACAGCGCACGCGACCUCGAAGUUGACUUGGGUAAUAUGGGAAUAGAUGACCAGCCCGAGCCGGUGGAUGAGUUCGAAGAAGACUUACAAGAAUUCGAUUGGAAUCGAUGUUUGCAUGAUCAAAUGUUUGUCUUCCAAGAAAGCGACUUAGACAGGAUGCUCGAUAUUGUUAUCACCAACAUGCAACCUCAGCGAUCACCGUCCCAGAAGCCUGUUCCGGCGAACAUGAUUUUCCUCAGCGCAAGAUACGCCCACUACCAUUCUAGCCACGAAUUAUUGGCUAAGUUGCUCGUUACUGCCCAGGAUAAGAUCAAUGAAGUUGUUGAAGCCCAUCAAUGGGACAUGACCAUUUUGGCCUUUUGGAUGUCCAACGCAACCCUACUAUUACACUACCUAAAAAAGGACGCCGGCUUGGUCGAGGCGACAACCCAAUUCCAAAGACAGCUCGCAGAACUAAUUAAUGAGAUUUUCAUUCUUAUAGUCAGAGAUGCCGAGAGGCGGUUGGAUAAAGUUAUAGACGCCGCGAUGCUUGACCAUGAAACUAUCCCGGGUCUCGAAGAUGUGACCUUUCAGCAUGAAUGGAAGCUAUUCAAGAGAAAGAAAGAGGUCAAAGAAGAGCCGCUGGAGAAGCGACUCCGACCUCCCUCCCCGAAGCAACGUGCCAAACCCGCCCCCAGAAAUGUGACAUCACUCUUAUCAUCUACCUUAUUCGUCCUGGACCUAUACGAUAUUCACUCAGUAAUUACGGCACAAAUCAUAUCUCAAUUACUCUACUGGAUCGGCGCGGAGCUUUUCAACCGGAUUAUGAAUAACAGAAAGUACCUGGCGAGAACAAAGGCGAUGCAGAUUAGGAUGAAUGUUUCAGUCUUAGAAGAUUGGGCUCGAUCUAAUAAUAGGCAGCCCGAGCAUUACGAGCAUGGAGAGACGGUAUCAUCCGGAGAAACGACAAUGGAGGCAGCACGUAGACAUUUGGCCCCCGUUGUACAGCUUCUUCAAUGGUUACAAUGUUUCUCAUCUUUGGAUUCAGAUGAUUUAGAAGCUUUGGUUGGGACGCUUCAGCAACUUAAGCGACUAAGUCCACAGCAGUUGAUAUACGCUGCUAAAAAUUAUCGGCUGGAAGUAGGAGAAAAGGGGUUGCCCAAGAGCGCUAUGAAAUACCUCGAAGCAAUUCAGAAAGAGGCCGCACUCAGAAGAGAUCGCAGAAAAACGGCAUCACCAAUGCCAAGCGCGCCAUCGACGCCUAUCAGGAGCACGUAUAACGGACAUAACGCGGAAACUCCAGGAAGUAUCCUAGGCACACCAAAUCCAGACCAAGACGAUGACGACGACAUGCCAGACGGGAUCAAUCUCGAUCCGUCCUUGAUGCUACCAUUCACGCUGCCAACAGUUACAGACAUGCUUAUUUCUUACGGCGCCGGAUUCGGAGGAGUUAACCGGGAGCGAGAGCGGAAGUAUAUUCCAACAAUCCCACCAGAAUAUCUCGAUAGACUCGAAGUAAGCAGUAAUCCAAGCCGACCAAUAUUUGGUGAAAGGGAUUGGGAGAAUGAAGAAGUCUGAUGGCCUGACCGAUGAUGAUUCACAGAGCUCUUGGCGAAUAGAAGAACCUGUAUAGCUCGGGCCAGCUCAGCAUGCAUGAUGUUCUACUCAUCACAAAAGGUACCUACUAAAUAGGUGAACACGGCCGAAGUCUUGUCGCGUUGGCGCCAACAGAAGCGGUCAUAAACGCGAUAGCAUGUAAACC